AUGGCCGCAUCCACCAUGUCCGUCUGCUCCAGCAACCUGAGCUAUGGCAGCCGGGUCUGCCUUCCCGGGUCCUGUGACUCUGGCUCCGAGUCCUGGCAGGUGGACGACUGUCCAGAGAGCUGCUGCGAGCCCCCCUGCUGUGCCCCCAGCUGCUGCGCCCCAGCCCCCUGCCUGAGCCUGAUCUGCACCCCAGUGAGCUGUGCGUCCAGCCCCUGCCAGUCAGCCUGCACCAGCUCCUGCACGCCCUCAUGCUGCCAGCAGUCUAGCUGCCAGCCAGCUUGCUGUGUUCCUGUCUGCUGCAAGCUCAUCUGCUGCAAGCCUGUCUGCUGUGGGCCCAUCUGCUCUGGAGCAUCCUCUUCCUGCUGCCAGCAGUCUAGCUGCCAGCCCUCUUGCUGUACCUCUUCCCCCUGCCAGCAGCCCUGCUGUGUGCCCGUGUGCUGCAAGACCGUGUCCUGCAAGCCUGUCUGCUGUGUGCCCACCUGCUCUGGGGCUUCCUCUUCGUGCUGCCGGCAGUCUAGCUGCCAGCCGAGUUGCUGCCCCUCCUCCUGCUGCAGACCUUCCUCCUGCGUAUCCCUCCUCUGCCACCCCGUGUGCAGGCCCGCCUGCUGUGUGCCUGUCCCCUGCUGCUGUGCCCCUGCCUCCUCCUGCCAGCCCAGCUGUUGCCGCCCAGCCUCCUCUGUGUCCCUCCUCUGCCGCCCCGUGUGCAGACCUGCCUGCUGCGUUCCCGCCUCCUCCUGCUGUGCCCCCAUCUCUUCCUGCCAGCCCAGCUGCUCCCGCCCAGCCUGCUGA